UGAACAAGGCAGUGGCCCGGAGAGGCCAGCAGGUGAGACGCCUGGCGCGAGGAGAGGCUGCUGGGGGAACUGAGACGUGAGGUCUAACGUGGAGCUUUCCCGGGAUUCUGCUAAUUUGAUCCUUCUGUUGGUAACACAGUUUAGAUCUGUUUAGCAUAUUUACUGUACUCUGCCUGACACUUUCACUGCCGCGCCGGACCUGCUGUUAGUGUUAAGGAAGCUCAGCAAUGAACAAACUGCGGAAGAGCAUCCGCCGGAAGAAAGACAUCUACGUCCCAGAGUCAAGCCGACCGCACCAGUGGCAGACCGACGAGGAGGCCGUACGGACAGGAAAAUGCAGCUUUGCAGUCAAGUACCUGGGCCACGUGGAGGUGGAGGAGUCUCGGGGCAUGCACAUUUGUGAAGAUGCGGUGAAGAGGCUAAAGAUGGACAGGAAAUCCUUCAAGGGCAUCUUUACGAAAGCUGGGAAGAAGGCGGUGAAGGCAGUGCUGUGGGUCUCUGCAGAUGGCCUCCGAGUGGUCGAUGACAAGACGAAGGACCUGAUUCUGGAUCAGACAAUAGAGAAAGUGUCGUUCUGCGCUCCAGAUCGGAAUUUUGAGCGAGCAUUCUCAUACAUCUGUCGGGAUGGGACAACGCGCCGCUGGAUCUGCCACUGCUUUAUGGCGAUUAAGGACUCAGGUGAGCGCCUGAGCCAUGCAGUAGGCUGUGCCUUUGCAGCCUGUCUAGAACGGAAACAGAAGCGGGAGAAGGAAUGUGGCGUGACAGCCACCUUUGAUGCCAAUAGGACCACCUUCACUCGUGAGGGGUCCUUCCGUGUUACCACAGCAACUGAGCAAGCGGAACGAGAGGAGGUGAUGAGACAGAUCCAGGAUACCAAGAGAGACACGGAGGCAAAACUCUCAGCUCCUGUUCCAGCAAGCCCUGCCACCUCACUUCCAGGACCCCCAUCACCCUCUUCCCCUCCCAUACCCCUCAUUACUGCUGUAGCAGCUCAGGACUCAAACCCUCAUGUUAUCCCACGGCGCCAUGCCCCUGUAGAGGCUCUGGCCCGCCAGGGCUCCUUUAGAGGCUUCCCUAACCUCAGCCAGAAGACCUCUCCGUUCAAGAGACAGCUGUCUCUGCGCAUGAACGAACUGCCCUCCACCAUGCAGCGCAAGUCUGACUUCCCCAUCAGGAACUCUGUUCUGGAGGUAGAAGCAGAAGGGGACAGUAUCAGCUUAUUGUGCACACAGAUCACCUCUGCAUUCAGUGGCCAACCUGAAGACCCCUUCUCCUCUGCACCAAUGCCCAAACUUGUGUCACCGCAGUCGCCUGCCAUUCCAGCAGUGAAUGGCUCUGCUGCAGUCUUUGCUCCUGCUGCUAACCCGAGUGCUGCUGCCACCCCAGCCCUGCCUCCCCCUCUGCCUGCUCGCGACACUAACCCCUGGGCUAAGACAUCAGCAGGACCUGUGGGCUACAGUCCUGCACAGCCAGAUUGGACAAGUCCCACCCGAUCCAGGUCUGGUCCAGUUGCCCCCACUGCCUCAAUUCCAUCUACUCCAACCACUCUAGCCUCACACAAACGCACCCCAUCAGAGGCGGAUCGAUGGCUAGACGAGGUGUCCAAGUCAGUGCGAGCACAGCAGCCCACCCCCACCACAGGAACUCCAGCCCCUGUCGCCCACCCCUUCCCCACCACCAUUCCUUCCUCCAUCGCUUCUGGAGCUCCUGUGGCCUUCAUGUCUGCAUUGCCCCCUGCUGUACCAAUAGUACCCCCCCGUCAGCCAGCAUACCACGCCCAAGCCCCCACUUCUUACCCAAUGGCCAAUGGCCUGCCGUAUGCUCAGCCUAGCAUGCCUAUAGUGGGCAUCACACCCUCCCAAAUGGUGGCCAAUGUUUUCGGCACUGCCACACAACCACAGGGACUGCCCCCACAGGGACCACCCCCACAGACACAAUCUCAAAUCUUCCCUGCCACACAGGUCACAAUUCCCCAAUAUGAUACUCUUACCCCCUUUAGCAAGCCCCCCCAGGCUUCCACUGUGGCUCCUGCCUCCCUGCCAACCAAUGGCAGUACUACCUUAAAUGGGGACGAUAGCUGGGCGCCACCUUUCCUGCCCCCUCCGUCAUCUCCACCUCCUCCACUGCCAGCCCAGCCUCAGGAAGAUGCCUUCGAGGCUCAGUGGGCUGCAUUGGAAAACCGAGCACGUCAGCAUACCUCACCUUCUCCCACAAACCCAUUUUCCAAUGAGCUGCACAAGACUUUUGAGAUCCAGCUUUAAAACACUGCGGUGUGAACUGAGUAAAAGAGUCACUGGAGCAGUUGCAGGUAGUGUAGGGUGGAUUAUGCAGGGGCAGUGGGCAUUGCAGGGGUGAGAAUUGCUCUCUCAGCUGUACUCCC